AGCAGGGAAGCGAGAGAGAAAAGGGGGUGGGGACAAGUCAUUAUUUUCGUGAUGUAGCUGUAGCUGGGGAGAGAUUGGAGAUCACCAGUUGGUUGGAGGCAGCUUGGUUGGAGAUCACCAGUUGGUUGGAGGCAGCUUGGCUAGAGGCAGCUUGGUUGGAGAUCACCAGUUGGUUGGAGGCAGCUUGUCUAGAGGCAGCUUGGUUGGAGAUCACCAGUUGGUUGGAGGCAGCUUGGCUAGAGGCAGCUUGGUUGGAGAUCACCAGUUGGUUGGAGGCAGCUUGGCUGGAGGCGGAGAGAGGGGUGAGAGCAGGCAACGGAGACGAGCAAACGACACCACCUGAAAGACAGAUAAGACACAGGCAUGCGUCCCCGCUCCAGACUCCUGGCUAAGAGGGGCCUACCCACCAUCAGGGAGGGAUAUGAGGAGCUGGUCCAGGACAUGAACCAGGCCAACAGCCUCCACCUCCCUCCCCAUGGCCAGGUCCACUCCUCUCUGUCUACCCAGGACUACUUCCUGUCCAUCUGUCAGCUCGCCUGCCCAACCUUCCCCCUGGCCCAACCUGACUGUGACAUCCUCACUGUAGGAUCGAUGGCCUCUCUGAGGCCCUGCCUGAGGCUGCACAGACUGAGGGACCCUGUGCCACUCUGUCAGCCUCUGAUUUCCAACGUCAGCAACCACACACAGGUAGAGCAGGAGGAAAGUCAAAGUGAGUGUAGUGGCCCAGAGAGAGUGGUGAAUGUCAGCUCAGGUCAGACCUCCAGUAGGGUUCUCCCCAGUGUCUCUGACCCCCUAGAGUUCAUCUACGGUCAUGGGGAGGCACUCCUCUUAGCUGCCUGUCGCGCCCCUGACUCACAGGGCUGUAAGGGUGAGGGGAGAGAGAGUGUGACCCAGCUUCGACCACAACCCCCGCUACGCGCCGACAGUUUCCCACGCAUGUGUUCCACGCCUCUGACACAGCACAAAGGCAGCUGCCCUGAGCUCUGCCUGAUGGACCCCUCUGACCAAGAGAAGCAAAACCCUGACCCUGCUCCACCACAGACAUCUUCAUCAGACCAGCAGAAACCUGAUGCCUCCAGCCCACUCUCCUGGAGGUUCCAGAACGACUCAGACAGGGCCCCUGCUGGUGGGAGGGGGAAGUGCACUCGCUACAUGGACAAACACACAAUGGUAUCACACUGGAUCGCUGACUGUCACUCGGCCUGGAGAGAAGCCCGAGUCAGGGUGUGCAUGCUUCCUGCCAUAGCAGAGAUGUAGACACAUAGAUCAGGUACAACCCUGUUAAGCCCUGCUGAGUAUUGUACAUAAUGGAUCCUUGAUGUACUAUACGUCCCACUUGAUUGGUAUGUUUGGACAAUGCAGGCCCAUAUUGCAACAUCUUCUCCUCAAUGACUUUUCAGGCCUGACCUUUUCAUUUUACAGUUUGUAGUUUAAGACAUAUUGUAAACUAGCAUAUGCCUCACAAAAUAUCACAGUCGGUAGAAAGUUGAUCAUGCCUAUAGAAGACAUCAGCGUUAGGGUAGCCUCUGGAAUCCAGGCUUCUUACGGUAGUUGAACGAGACAGGAUUUUGGAAGACUAGUAUUUGGGUGAAUAAAGAUAUGUGGAAAAGAUGCAGAAUUUUCUAUGAUUAUGUACAAAGACAUAUCAUUAAAAAACAUGACGGAUCCUAAUCUUUCCGGUGUAGCGAGUGAGUGAUUCCAUAACUAUCGCACUCCGUUCUUUGCUAAUGAUAACUCUGGUCAAACCCAGUUGGCAGCUAAAACAGGAAAACCAUUCUAAUUUGAGAGUUUCAGAACAAGUGAAAUGGUACAGUGUUAGAAUCAGAACUGAAGAAAAUGUGAUCCUAUAGCUAGUUCAGGCUCCCUAUAUUUAGCAGAGUAUUUAAACUCAGAUUAUUCCCAGUGGUUCUGAAAAUGUUUCUUGUGAUUUCCUCUCCCCUGUAUGAUAUAUGAGUUAUGCAAUGACAAUGUAGGUGUAGGUGUGUGCAAAACUGAGCAGUCUAUUUCAAUCUUCCACUUACUAAAGCCAUGAUGAAAUAGUACAGAUAUUUUCAAUCAUAUCAUGUCAUUCCCACUGAGUGAAACAGCAUGUGAGAUUGUUGUAUUUGACUUUUUGAUCGUGUGUUCUAAUGGUCCUCCAUGUUGUACAAUGUCUGUCAAAAUAUAUCAAUUGAAAGACAACAAUAUUAUCGUUGACUUGUAAAUGGUUGAGAGUUCAAUCAUGCUCUCGAGUGGCGCAGCUGUCUAAGGCACUGUAUUGCAGUGCUAGAGGUGUCACUACAGACCCGGGUUUGUUUCCAGGCUAUGUUACAACCGGUCCCAUAGGGAGGAGCACAAUUGGCCCAGCAUUGUUCGGGUUAAGGGAGGGUUUGGCCGGGGGUGGUAGGCCGUCAUUGUAAAUAAGAAUUUGUUUUUAACUGACUUGUCUGGUUUAAAAAACGAUUUGAUCAUUUAUAAUUCGGCUUUUGUACCUCUUUCCAUUGUUGACCAGUAAUCUAAUAAAUGAUGUGUUUCACCCUG